AUGCGUAGAUACGCAAGAAAGGUGAAGCGAAUUCCCCUCCACCUCACCUCGCCCAGCCUUGAUCUCUUGGUAUCAUUAGACAGCAACCAUCAACAAUCCACAUCCUACAGCACUCUUAGCAUGAUCGAGACUACUCCCGAAAAUGAAUGCCCCAUCCUUCCAUCAGUUGUGCUCCAGCCUGACACCAUGGAGAUGACGAAGCCUCUGAAACAGGCAUUGGAAGGAGCCAUGCGUCGCUCCUUCAGUCUCGAUGGUGACUCUUCCAAGGAGUUCCUUCCCGAGCCUGAUAUCAACCGAAUUCUUUCCGAGAAGUCGAUACUUGGAGCUCUCCGGGCUUCCUGCCCUGGGGCCGACUUCAUGCGCCGCAUGUAUGCCUCCGCAAUCGUCAAGGAGAAGAAAUACACCAAGAUAUUUGCCAUCCUGGUCUUGAUUGGUCGAGCCGAUGCCAUCGCAGCCUUCAGACAGAAUCACCUCGACGAUUCGCAACUUCCAUUGGCAUUUGCUUCCACGUCGGGAGAAGAGACGAGCACAUUGGUGCGGUCUACAGUCGCCCGAUCUAGCUUCGAUCUAUCCUUGAUGGGACUCAGUUACUACGAGUCGAUACUCUUGGAGGAGACACAGUGGAAGUUUCUUGCCCCUGUGUUUGCGCGAGCUGAUCUCGACAGCGAGACUCGCAACUUCCCGGCGUCUACUAUCCUGCCUUUCGUCAUGCCUGACUCUCCCCAUGGAAUCCAAGGGCCUCGCAAUGGUUGCAGCAAGAACUCUCGCAUAUAUCAGGCCCACCUUCACGACGGCCAUCACGACUUUUCCGUCUCUACAGUCGCAGUCAAGCAGCUUCUCAACGCUGGACCGGAGGAAUACGCUCGCGAGGUGGAAGCCCUCAAGACCUUUGGCGGCCCCGAUCAACCCCAUGUAAUUGAGCUGCUUGCCACCUUCAAGCAUGGAGAUACCUACUACUUGGUGACUCCUUGGGCUGAACACGACCUUCACGGCCUCUUCACCGAACCGCCAUCCUCCUUGGCUUGCGACUCAGCCAGCGCGGUGAAGCCUACGAGCAUGACCGCGAAGCAAAUGCUUGGUGUCGCCGAGGCCUUGAAGGCGAUCCACUACUGCCGACUGAAGAAGCGCUCCAUCGCGAGAGACCACGAAACGGCUGAAGAAGUCGAUGGGGGCUACCACGGCGACAUCAAACCUGAAAAUAUCCUCGUCGAAAAUGGGCAGUGGAAGCUGGCCGACUUUGGCCUAUCCCAGAUCGGCCGCAGGCCAGACCCUUCGCAAGGAGACAGACCUGCAGGCUGUUCACCGGCGUAUCGUGCUCCAGAGCAUGAUGUUGGCAAGUUUGAUGGCCAAAAGGCAGACAUUUGGUCUCUUGGCUGCGUCAUGAGUGUCGCUGCUACGUGGAUGACUCUGGGCCGGAAGGGGGUCAAGAAAUUCAGCGCCAAUCGCCAGACAAAGACCGGUAAACGGCUCGACAACUCCUUUUUCGAGGUUUCCAAAGACCAGGAAAAGGGUACUCGAGUGAAGCUCAAAGCCGCUGUCUCUGACUGGAUCAGUCGACUCCAUCGCGCCCCGAAAGCGAGUUCCUUCAUUCACGACUUGCUUGAUUUGAUUCAAGACAAGAUGCUGGAAGUUGAUGGUUCCAAGCGAAUAGCUUGCGCUGGUAUUGUCUCCAGCCUCGAGAAGAUGUACGAAAAGUGUAUAGACGACCCAGGCUACACAGAGCCAGCUCCUCGAGGAGAAAUGUCAAGUUGGGCAUGCAGGCAUGAGCUCUCGAUUGGGACCGCGCGUCGUGAAGCUCGGUCAAUCACUGUCAACGUGGUCGAAGUACCAAGCCCAACACAACGCAGUCAGCCAUUCUCGACGCGUGUACCACAGUUCAACUCUUCCUACUCGUCUACCGGCUCCUACAACUCGGAGUAUGACGAUAUGAUUGACUUCCCCUUGGCUGCCUCAUCGACAGAGCCACUUUUAACUUUUGGGCCUUCCGCCAAUACCAUGAAUCAGUCGAACAUUGUAUAUGGAGGCAUGAACCUCACCAUCUCACCUGACAUGGGUCAACUCGGAUCUCCAAACUUGGAAGAAUACUCGUUCUCUUUUGGAGACCCCCCAACAUCUCGUCCGAGUCUGACUGUUCCUGAAAACAUCAAGAAUGGGAAGCGGCGCUGUAGCACCAGCAACGAGAAGUCUGCAGUCAAACGACGUAGAUUGCAGAAGCCGCCAAGAAAGAGCUCUGCAACCACACAGGGAGCGGAAAGCUCUUUUGACUUAGUCUCAGAGUCACCGACAACCAGUCAAGAUGUAGAGGGCGCUUUUGCAUGCCAUUAUUUCAAGCAUGACCCUGAGAAAUACUGCAAGGGGAAGUGGAAGUCGUGUGGAGGAGCCGGUUGGCAAGAAUUUCACAGGCUCAAGGAACACCUUCGUCGCAACCAUCGCGAACCUGGAUACAAAUGUAGCAGGUGUCAAGUGCGACUGUCAUCGGCAGAAAAACUCAAUGACCACUACAAUUCUGAAGUUCAAUGCCAAAGGCAACCUGCCAUCGCCGAUGAUAACAUGGACGACGCUCAGUGGAGCUCUUGUCAAGGACAGAUGCGCGGGAUGAAUGGAGCCGGCAAGUGGGGGGAGAUCUACAAAAUCAUCUUCGGACCGACAUCUCCAGAGGUCAUGCCUUCACCCUAUCGCGACGAACUUGAUGGACUUGAUAAAUUCUGCAAGUUCCUGGACUCACAGAGGCAAUUUCAGACCUGUGACAGCGUUCAGCGGGAGAUUACUAUAUGUCUGAAGUGGAUUCGCGAUUUCCAGGACCGACCGUCUCUCACACAGUCGUCUAUCAAAUCCGAAGUGCCGUCGUUGACCGAGGGCUUGUCCAAUAUCUCGACACUAUCCACUAAUGUCAUGGCAACGAGCAUUGACCAAGAACAGAUUUACUACGCAUAUAAUCCAACAUUCGAUUCUAGUUGUCAACAGAUUGGAACGAUGACGCAAGAUCAUUCGGUUGUUAACCUUCAAUAUCUUGGGUGUCAUUUGAAUUUUGGACCUUAA